CUCGUGUGUGAAAUUUAACAUUUCACAAUCUGAAAUCAUCUUUUAAAAAUGAUAUAUAUAUAUAAACUGUUCCACGGAUUUUUUAUUACACCUAGAAACAAUGCCCAUAGCUUAGAACCAUGGGUAACUGGUUUAUAAAAUCCGACCAGAAUACUGUUAAAUGUGACGUUUGUGAAAUCAUCGAUGCUGAUAAUCAUUGCAAUACCUGUUUGUUUAAUCUUUGUCGAGAUUGCGUUCCUGAUCAUUCCAGAAACAGAUUGAGUAAAAGAGAGAAAUAUGAGCACGACAUUGUACCUUUUACACAGAGAAAAAACAAGGUACAUUCCCCAGUAUGUCAAAAACAUAAGCUUGUUAGAUGCAUCAGACUUUGCAAUCAUUGUAAAAUACCCGUAUGUCAAGAAUGUGGUUUAAAUGGCGAUCAUCAAAGUCACAAAACACUGAAUCUGUCCAGUUAUAUCAAUGAUCAAUACCAUGAAAUAAAUAAACAUAAUGCUAAUUUGGAGAGUAAAGUAAUACCAGAAUUUAAAAAGAACAUUUCAAGGAUAGAAAACGCAAUCUCUGACACUACAACUGCCUAUGACGAACUGAAUAAAUCUAUCCAAGAGCAUAGAGAAAAUUGUCACAGAAAAAUUGAUGAUAUUUUUGACAGAUAUCAAAACGAGGCAGACGAUUCAAGAAAAGAAGAAAUGUCUGCCCUGUAUAGUUAUCUAUCGAAUGAUAGUGCAUGUUUAAAAGAAUCAUGUGAUAUUUUACAAAGAAAUAAAGAUAUUUUGAAUUCAGCAGAUAUUACCGAUGUGGUAGGUUAUCGUUACAAGAAAGCAGACGAUAUUUCUGAAUUUGAAAUUGACCUUCCUAAAAUUGACACAAAACCCGUUGAUUGGAAAAAGUUAUACUUCGAAUUAGGAUAUCUUAAAGUAUCAGAUAACCCCAAAAUAAUUCGGACAGCCCCGACUCCGAUGGUACCCACAAGAGCAUGUACCUUACUCGGAGUUCAGGUCUGGGUUUGUGGACAGGACAAUAUAAUUGCGCGCAUAAAUAUGGAUGGAGAAGUUCUAGAAACAGUUGACAUGAAAAUAAGUGAAUAUGCAAAUGACAUUUCUAUUACAAACAACGGUGAAUUAAUUUUCACAGAAGGGAAACCUGGCAAAGUAACAACCAUUAAAGAAGGAAGGGGAGUAACAUUUAUAGACGUAGGUCAAGAGUGGCACCCGAGUGGUCUACAUUGUACAAAAUCAGGGGAUAUAUUAGUAACUAUGUCUGACGAUAGGUAUGAAAAUUUUAAAAUCGUCCGGUACACAGACGGAUUAGUAGUUCAAGAAAUUCAAAAUUCUUAUAACGGAAAUCCUUUGUUUCAUCCCGGUCUUGGAAUUCUGUUUGUAACCGAGAAUAAUAAUGAAGACAUGUGUGUGUCAGAUACGAAUGGAUGUGUAAUAACUGUUUUAAACAAAUUCGGAAAUUUCAAAUUUGAUUAUGACACAACCCGGGCAUUAUACGAUUGUCCAGAAUUAGCAACAUUCAAACCAGGAUGUAUAGUUACGAAUAGUAAGAGUGAAAUACUUUUCACUGUACAAAAUUUUAUAUUUGUCGUCGAUCAUAACGGACACUUUGUUCAAUGUAUUGAUAAUUGCAACCUGACAAUGACGUCUGCUUUGUGUUUAGACUACGCGGAAAGAAUUUGUGUCGGAGAGUUUGAUAAAACCAAUUUGAAAAUCAUUAAGUACAGAUAA